AUGCUGGGCCGACUGCUGAGCACCGCAGCCUCGACUUUGAACCCAUCGGCAUAUUCUACUCGAAACCAUGGGACACCUCUCGAAUCCGUGACGGAAGAGGAACAUACUUCCGGCCUCCUCUUCCCCGAUGCCAGCCUGCUACGACGCUCCAACACCCAUGCGUACCCAUUACAAACUACCUUUAAUUCCCCCAAUGCCUCGACUGCCGGAGCCUACGACGACCGUGGUGGAAUGGAGCUGGAUGCCAUCAAGGAUUUUCGGGUGAUUGUGGCACAGAAUGCUCUCGGGGAUCGUGACGCAUGCGUCCUACUGGACACACGCGCCUCAUCUGAACAUCCACCAAGUGGUCUUGGAAUCGACUCGCAAGGCCUCGAUCAGCCUGGCACGCGCCAUGCUCGCGCAGUAUCCAGUCUCUCGCGCGGAUCACCCCCCCUGUCUGCAGCCGCCGAUGCACGCAGGACAUCACCAGCCAGCCCCGGUGCCUUCUCGCGAGCCCGAGGUCGCAGCUCUACACUGGCACCGGCAGGAACAUGGCAUGAUCCCGGUCAUACUCGGCACGCGGCCGACUCCAACGAUACUGGUCUUCUCAACUGUAUUUUUGGGAGUAGCGCAUUCAGCUACCGUGGCUCGUCUACCAAAAUGCAUAUCAUCUCCGCCGACGAAGAUUCGGGUGUGGCGGCAAGCUCGUCACCGGCUGCACGCAGCCCGAUUUCUCGUGCUUACACUACCGGAAGCUCUUCGGGUCUGAUGGGAUCAGCCCGUGGGGCGGAUGGCAAGCCACCUUCCAAAGUUACGGUCCUUUUGACCCGCAUGUUCAGCGUCAACUUUCCCGAAGGAGCGGAGGCUUCGGCUGAGCGGCAUGACUACGCCAAUUCUAUCUACCAAGAGUCUCUCCCGGAGAUGGGAUUCCCGUUCCCAGAUGUUGCCAAGCGCAAGAAGAUCAAGGAGAAGAAAACGCCCAUGUAUGCCGUUGCCAUCACGAUUCAAAUCCCCUUGCUGGCACGCAAUGCAGGGCGACCCGUGUCGCGAUUCAGCACUAUGGGUGCAGACUCCCCGCGGCCGGGAUUGUCCAGUUCAUUGGACUCGGACUACCGCUGGCCAGGUGGCUUCUUCGAUGAUAGCUUGUCAUCGGCAUCUCCACCGGCUAGUUUGGAUGAGCGCCUUGACUUGUUAGUCGAUCAUUGGGAUGUCAUCACCCGUACCCUCUCUCAUUUGGAAAGGCUUGCUCGAAACGAGAUCUUGUUUCUUCUUCGCAAAGUGGAUUCUUUGUCUGGACCACAUCCGAAGCCAGCCAAACCUCCUAAUAUGCAACGGACCAACCAAACCAUAGUACACUUGCCAGCAAACAUUCUCUCCGUGAACUCGAAGCUCAAGGAAGAGGCCCUCCACAGCACCCGUCGGAUCAGUUUAGCUCUCCAGACUCCGUAUGUGGUCACUGGUCAGAGUCGCUGGGGUGUUUGGCGAGAGGAAGGCCGCUCGAUUUUCCGUGGAUUUGGCGACAAAGACCAGAACUUUUUCUUCCUUGUCCUCCUCACGGCAUUCCUGGGAAACCACACGGAAUGGCUAAGCGCUCUCGGACCUGAGUGGUAUCGCCGUCGCCAUAAUCAGCAGCAAAAAGCACAGCAGGAUUGUGAACCCAACCUUGUGAACCGAACAGUGAUCAUUUGCCCGGACAAGAUGACAGCUCGACGCCUCAUCUUUUUGCUUUCCGCCUUCCUACCAUCCAAACAGCGCUUGGAGCCAGUUCCUUCCCCUCUACGACCUGGCACAUCGGCAUCUAUGCGUGCCAUCUCCCAAAGCCCACCGGCCGUGCCCUUGCUUCGCCAGGAGUCUCUCCGAAGGGCGAUCGAGCGACGAGCCCGUGCUCAACGGUUGUGUGUUGGUGAGAGUGACCAUCACCGGCGAUCGGUUAGCGCUUCGUCACAAGAAACGACACAGCGGUCGUCUGAUGGGGUCGACCCGGCGACGCCCAUAGAGCAUACAUCCGCCCGAAGACCGUCUGAUGCCCGUUCGGUAAGAAUGCAUGGUGCAACUGCACAGGCUAAGGAUGCUCGGCCCAAGAAUACUAGUGGAGCAACAACUUCUAUGACGACUCAGAGCAGUACAGUACCUGUCCCACAUUUCACCUCUCAGCCAAGUCGCUCUGGCGAAGGAGAAACAAACAGCAGCGCUGCAGAUGGCAGUGACAGCCUAGCAUCAGAGAAAUUGCUCAAGAACUUGCAACGCAGUGAUAGCUCCACUUUGAGCACAAACGGCAGCCUCCCCUCCGCUGGAGGCCGUUGGGGGGGGAGUGAACCGUACUCCGCAACCGACGCUCGCAAACGAUCUGUCUCCACGAUCGCCGGCCCGGCCGUCCGUGGGCCCACUACUCUAAGCCAGAUGGUCAAGGAAGUCACCGAUGAUGAACCAGAGCACCGCCCUGACACUGCGCCUAGUGGGAACAUCUCUAUUCCCGCAACCUCAGCAGCCGCUCCCCACGGUCCGGAGGGCGCCUCGCCAGAGCCAUCGUCGUUUACCAGCCAAGCCCGCGAGUCUCCUCUAAAACUGUCGGUGCGGGCAGAGGAAGGCGUGGUAGACGUGGACCUUCCGCUACCUGGAUUUUUGUCACUCUCCUCCUCGGGUGAUUCCACCAUUGCCUCACCAAAGAAGACUCGCACCUCAAUCACUAGCGUGGAUGCUAUGGCGUCUACGCAUAGCAGUGGCUCUGGAUUCCACAAUGCGGCCAAGGAGAACGAUGGACCUAGUACCCAUGUGGCUGGCUGGUUGAAGGUGUUUCACGAAGACUUCUCCCUGCAGGCUGUCCGUCCCUACGCUGCCCUAGAAGCAGAUAUCAAACGUGCGAUGCAGGCAGAGCCUUCCCCGUACAUUCCCUCUACACCCGAUGUGGAUGGGUCGGAGCGAUGGGUGGAUGUCGCAACCACCUUGAUCGCAGAUACCCGAACAUCUUCUGUCAAGCGCCUUCGACUGAGGCGCAAAAUCACGGUCGGCCACGAGUUGGGCUCACCAUCUACUGCCCGUUCCCCAGGUUUCUUCUCGGGCUAUGGAAAGUCCUCCGCGGAUUCUGCUGAGGGACAGGACCCGAACUUUGUGGAAGAACGAUUUAUUGAGGAGCCCGUCAUGGACCUCGAUGGUAUUUUGGUCGACGCAGUCGAACGGGUUCUUGGACACAGCGGCUACUCCUCACUCGCACACUCGCGGACCCCAUCUCCGUCGCGUGCUCGCCGAGCCGAAGAUAAAGGCCACACCACUGGUCGGGACAAUGCGCCUCCUUUUGAAGUCCCCCGCGCCGAAUGCCGCAAGAUGGUCCUUGGAGCCUUGGAAGAGGUCGUUCGUAUCGUCACGGCCGAACAUUGCCGCGAAGACGUCGACGGUGCGCUUGGGCUUGCCGACCGAGAACGAAGGAGAUCCUUGGCGGGAGCCGAUAAUACCUUGAGGGAAGGUAUCCGGAAAUGGCUCCUUGAUGUCGAAGAAGCCUGGUGA